AUGUCAGGCGACGCCGAUGUUUCCCGCACUGCGGCCCAGACCACGCACGACGACGGUAUACCAGGAUCAGAGCCUGGUAUAAUUGAUCUUAUGGAUCCAGGACAAGAUGAAGGAACCCCGUCGCUUCCCCCUCGUCUCGAUUCCCAGCCAGCCCUUCAUGAACCUGAGAGUACACCACAACAUGCGAUACAGGACGAGGAUGAACACCCACAAGUAGCCCUUCUACGUGCAAUGUUCCCCGAUUUCGAUGGAGCUGUUCUCCUUUCCGUCCUUGAAUCCGUGGAUUAUGACCAAGACCGUGCAAUCGAUGCAUUGUUGGGUAUGAGUGACCCAGAGUAUGUGUCGACGCAAGGGCAGGCACCUCCGCCCCAUGACGUUUCGCUUGACGAGCAACUGGCCCGCCAGCUGGCUUUGGAAGAUCAGCCGGAGCCACGCCAUGCUUCUGGACAAGCAUGGCCACGGCGCAACAGUGUUCCAUAUCAGCCUCGGCAGAGUGCCCCCUCGCAUAAUCAGCAAGCACAGAAUGUCACUGGAAGCGAACGGGGCGAUUUCCAGGAGUUCCAGGAGACUAUCGGGCGCAUGGCGGAAAGCGGCAAGAAGACCUUCAGCUCCAUCAUGUCUAAGGCUAAAGCUAAGAUCAACGAGUACAAUCAGCAGUAUAAUCAACGGUCAGGCCAACCAUCCUCUGUAGACAAUAGUAACAAUUCGCAAUGGGACUCAACGUCACGUCCUCAGCUUGAUAGACACACCACGUCCCAAGCAUACGCGCAACAAUAUUAUAAUUAUGGAUCCUCCGAUAACCUUGAAUCGCCCAGUGACGACACGCAUCCUCCAAUCACUCUCAAUGGGAAGCAGCCGUCUGUGUCGGGGAGAGACGAGGUGAAAGGGUAUGAUAUAGAACCUAGUAAGUAA